CUUAAAUCAAGCCCCACAGAGAAGUCAUUUCGUUGAUGGGAACGUGACUUUGCGGCUUCCUGGGCUGCUACAGUGAAGGACGCCCGCCCUCCCCAGAAUUUGAGAGCUUAUUGGUUGAUGAUGUCGUCACUCACAACGUCACUCAGAUUGACGUCAGGGGCGAGAAAAGAGACGGAGCCGUAGAGACUUGGCUUCGGGCCUUUCUAGCAUGGGGGUCCCUGGGAGGACCCAGGAAGGAACUAGGAGGACCUCGGCGGCCGUUCCGCGGAGCCCGGCCGAGGAGGUCUCUAUGUUAACUAGUUGAGACAAAAAUAAAUAUGGCCUUCUACAGUUAUAAUUCAGUCUUAGCUAUUGCUCGAACAAGAUUCUCCAGCCAUUUUGUCCGUCCUACCUGCUCUUUUUAUUCCCCAUCAUGUGUAUUUCUUCACUUGCCAGAUUCCCAUUUAAAUAAGACAUGUCUGAAGAACUGUGGGAGCAAGAAGUACUCAGAUCCUAGUCAGCCAGGCAAUACAGUACUUCACUCACAAACUAGACUAAUACAAAAGCUACACACAUCCACUUGCUGGCUGCGAGAGGUUCCUGGCAAACCUCAGCUGGGGCAAGCCACAAAAGAUCCACAGGUGACAAGCCCUCAGGCCACAAAAACUGGCGCGAAGAUUAAAGAAGGCGAGCAAUCUUACAGACAAAAAAUCAUGGAUGAACUUAAAUAUUAUUACAAUGGAUUCUACUUACUUUGGAUUGACACCAAAGUUGCUGCCAGAAUGGUUUGGAGGCUGUUGCAUGGACAGGUCCUGACCAGACGAGAGAGACGAAGGCUGUUGAGAACUUGUGUUGAUUUCUUCCGCCUGGUUCCAUUUAUGGUGUUCAUAAUUGUACCCUUCAUGGAAUUCUUAUUACCAGUGUUUCUGAAACUCUUCCCAGAGAUGUUGCCGUCAACUUUUGAAAGUGAAUCCAAAAAGGAAGAAAAACAGAAAAAGAAAAUGGCUGCAAAGUUGGAAAUAGCAAAAUUUCUUCAAGAAACCAUGACAGAAAUGGCAAGGAGGAACAGAGCCAAGAUGGGUGAUGCCUCUACACGGCUCUCAUCCUAUGUGAAGCAGGUCCAGACAGGCCACAAGCCCAGCACAAAGGAGAUAGUUCAAUUUUCCAAACUGUUUGAGGACCAGCUGGCCCUGGAGCAACUAGAUCGCCCUCAGCUGGUUGCCCUUUGCAAACUGCUGGAAUUGCAGACGUUUGGAACCAAUAACCUGCUACGCUUUCAGCUCCUGAUGAAACUGAAGUCUAUAAAAGCAGAUGAUGAAAUAAUUGCCAAGGAAGGGGUGAAGGUAUUGAGUGUAUCAGAACUACAGGCUGCCUGUAGGGCCCGAGGGAUGAGAUCACUGGGUCUCACAGAGGAACAAUUGCGACAACAGCUCACAGAGUGGCAGGACCUCCACCUAAAGGAGAACGUCCCUCCUUCCCUUUUGCUCCUGUCCCGUACCUUCUACCUGAUAGAUGUGAAGCCCAAGCCAGUUGAGAUACCACUCAGUGGAGAGGAUGAAGACUUUAUACAGUCGCCACCAGUUACAUCAUCACCCAUAACACCAUCAACACCUCUUUCAUUACCUAAAGGAUCCAUCACUACUUCUAAAGAAGCUUAUUGCUAAUACUACGUAACAGACAGACUGCCAGCAAGCUGACCAAGAGUUUUCUUCCCUUGGGGAGUGGUUAGAAGGCUAAAGGUAUUUCAGCCUGUAGGUGAUAAAAUUAGACUUACUUGCUGUGGUUAGAUGGCAGUCAGUUAAAACGAAAUUCAACUGUCCUGUCUGGGAUCACCUAAAUGUGAAUGUCACCAGCACUUCAAGAAUAUGCACUCUACGAUGCCUUCUAAACUCCUGCUCCAUCAGAGGAGCCCCAUGUCCCACUAAUGAAGCCCAGUUCUUAGGGAAUGAAUUCCUACCGUGCAAAUACAACAGUCAUGGAUCCUGCCUAGUGAGGUGAUUCACAAUACAUUUUCCCAUUUUUAAAAUGAUGGGUUUUAAUUAGCCACAUUGCAGGUGUUAAAUGUGGGAAAGGGAUUAGCUAGUUAAACUUGCUCAACCCUGUUUUAGCUGAGUGAGUCAUACUGUUGGGCUGUCCUGUAGUUCCUUCUGGCUUGCUCUCCAAGCAGGGUGGGAAUGAGCAGUCACCCGGUCAAGAAACCCCAGCCAUCUGAUACGCCUCUCCUCCCACUCUUCUGCUAGCAGCAGUCAGGGAUGUUUCAUUGUUCUCAUUACUUAGGGGGCUUGGCUGUUGGGCUCAGUGAUCCUUAUAUCUAGCCCCAGCCAGUGGUGUUCUGGUAAAUCAUUAGCCACCAACUCUUUGAUGGGGGGAAAGCCCUGAUAAAUAGCAUCUGCCUAUUCCAGUGAUAUAAGUACUCCCACCAUGUUGAUUUUAAGCCACUGCCAUGGUAGCCCUGGACAGUGCAGAGCUGGGAGGAGACGUGCAGUGUUCCCAGAGAGCCACACACAUUGCUGCUAGCCUCCCAGGGUAGAGACAAUUAUACCUCUUUUAGCAUAUUUAUGAAAUAGAUCUCUUCUGUGUGUGAAGACCAGUAUGUAGGGCAGUAUGGUGGAAAUGGUUCUGAAUACUUUUGAGGAUCCACCUAGAGGGAACCCGCCCAGACUAAGUCUUAGUAGUUGGGUUCUUGCCGACUGCCCUCUUCCCUGGCCCUCCUCAACGGAGGGAAUGGAAGGCUGUGCCGGCUGCCUCAGAGCUUUUUCCUCUCUGCUCCCUUCUCUAUAGAUGCAGAUACCUUGGCUAUACCUGCUGCUAAUGAUCUCACUGGCUAUGACUUCAGACAAUUUUUUUUUUAAAGAUGGACUCU